CACUGCCUUCUUCACCAUGCGUUUCCUUUCAACUCUGCCCGUACUCCUCGGAGCUGCUUUCGCCCUCCCCUCGCCCGAGAGCAUCCAAGAGCGUGCAACUGGCUCCCUUUCUUCUUGGCUCUCGUCUGAGAACACUGUUGCUCUGCAAGGUGUUCUUGCCAACAUUGGUGCCAGUGGCUCUAAGGCUUCUGGAGCUAAUUUCUAUACCUGGACCCGUGACUCGGCCCUUGUGUUCAAGGCACUUGUAGAUCAGUUUAUUGCUGGUAACAAGUCUCUGGAGCCUCUUAUUCAGCAGUACAUCAGUGCUCAGGCCAAGCUGCAAACCGUCGGCAACCCCAGCGGUGGCCUUUGUUCCGGAGGUCUUGCUGAGCCCAAGUUCGAAGUCGACCUUACACCUUUUACUGGUGCUUGGGGUAGACCUCAGCGUGAUGGCCCUGCUCUUCGUGCCACUGCCAUGAUCGCUUACUCUCGUUACCUUAUUACUACAUCUCUAUUGAUAUAUGCUUAUCCUCCCUACAGGNCCAACGGCAACACCACAACCGUCAACAACAUCAUCUGGCCUAUUGUGCAAAACGAUUUGUCUUAUGUGACCCAAUACUGGAACCAAACUGGCUUCGACCUGUGGGAGGAGAUCAACAGUUCUUCCUUCUUCACCACUGCUGUUCAGUACCGUGCUCUUAUCGAGGGCAACAGCCUCGCUACCCAGCUUGAAAAGUCGUGCCCCAACUGUGUCUCCCAAGCCCCUCUUGUUCUGUGCUUCCUUCAGUCUUAUUGGACUGGCUCAUAUGCACUUUCCAACACUGGAGGUGGUAGAUCUGGCAAAGAUGCAAACUCGAUCCUGACCAGCAUUCACAUCUUCGACCCUGCUGCUUCUUGCGAUUCGACCACUUUCCAACCGUGCAGUGACAAGGCUCUUGCCAAUCACAAGGUCGUCACUGACUCUUUCCGCUCCAUUUACAACAUCAACAAAGGCAUUGCUCAGGGCUCUGGUGUCGCUGUUGGUAGAUAUCCCGAGGACUCUUACUACAACGGUNACCUCAACACUUUUGCUGCCGCUGAACAGCUUUAUGAUGCUGUUUACCAGUGGAAGAAGAUUGGCUCGAUUUCGAUCACUUCAAUCUCUCUUCCUUUCUUCAAGGAUGUCUACUCCUCUGCUGCUGUCGGCACCUAUGCAUCUUCGACUACCACUUUCACUUCCAUUGUCAACGCCGUCCAGACCUACGCUGACAGCUACAUGUCUAUUGCUGUAUGUUUUAGAUGCUUCGUUGUGUAUGCACCCUCACUGACCUGGUCUACAGNNCAAAAAUACACCCCAUCAAACGGUGCUCUCGCUGAGCAGUAUAACCGUGCCGACGGCACUCNNCCCCUCUCAGCAGUCGACUUGACCUGGUCUUACGCCGCUUUCCUUACCGCCUACAACGCCCGCGCUAACGUCAUUCCUGCCUCUUGGGGUGCCGCAUCUGCCAAGCUACCCAACUCCUGCUCCAGCGGCUCUGCCACAGGCCCCUGUGCCGCAGCCACAAACACCAACUGGGGCAACCCCGGCUCUCCAUCCACCGCAACACCUACCACGACCGGCGGCGGUUCCUGCGCAACCNCCUCUUCGAUCGCUGUAACCUUCAACGAGCAAAAGACAACCGCUUACGGCGAGACCAUCUACAUUGUUGGCAGCAUUCCCGCACUUGGAAACUGGAACACUGCAAAUGCUGUUGCGCUAUCUGCUUCUGGAUACACCAGCUCCAACCCUCUGUGGAGUGUCUCUGUUAGCUUUGCUACUGGCACAAGCUUCAACUACAAGUAUAUCAAGAAGGCGCAGGACGGUAGCGUCACUUGGGAGAGUGAUCCUAACCGCAGCUACACUGUUGGCGGAAACUGUGCUGGUACUGCCACCCAGAACGACAGCUGGAGA